GACGGGGCGGGAGGAGGAGGGAAGAGGAGCGCUCGCUUCCCGGCCUUUCCAUCCUGAAGGAAGCCUGGGGGGCGCCAUGGGGCUGCUGGCGGGGGUCACGCUGGGCGGAGGCGCGCCCCCUGCGUGGCUGCCCUCCUGCGCGCUCCUGCUCCUGCUGCUGCUGCUGCUGCUGCUCUUGGUGCGGUGGCGUUGGUCGCGCCCGGCGGGGGUGCGUGUGCUGGGCGGGCCGUGGGGCUGGCCGCUGGUGGGCAACGCGCUGCAGCUGGGCCGCCUCCCGCACCGGACCUUCUGCGCCUGGGCGCGGCGCUACGGCGAGGUCUUCCGGCUGCGGCUGGGCUCUCGGGCGGUGGUGGUGCUGAACGGCGGGGCCGCCAUCCGGGAGGCGCUGCUGCGGCAGGGCGCGCUUUUCGCCGGCCGGCCCGACUUCCCUUCCUUCCGCCUGGUCUCCGGCGGGCGGAGCAUGGCCUUCGGAGCCUACACGGAGCGGAGCCGGGCUCAGCGGAAGGCGGCGCAGGCCUCGCUCCGGGCGCUGGCGUCUUCUUCUUCUUCUUCCGACGGCGACCUGGCGGGCUUCGAGCGGCACGUGGCCGAGGAGGCGCGCGAGCUGGUGGAGCGGCUGGUGCGCGCCUGCGCGGAGGAGGGCGGCUUCGUGGACCCGGCGCCGCUCUUAGCCGUGGCCAACGCCAACGUCAUGUGCGCCUUGUGCUUCGGGCGGCGCUACGGGCACGACGACGCCGAGUUCCGCGCCCUCCUCAGCCGCAACGACCGCUUCGGGCAGACGGUGGCCUCGGGCAGCCUGGUGGACGUGCUGCCCUGGCUGCAGCGCUUCCCCAACCCCGUGCGGAGCGUCUUCCGCGACUUCCAGGCCAUCAACGGGGAGAUGCACGCCUUCGUGCGCGCCCAGCUGGCGGAGCAGAGGCGCGGCGGGGGGCUCCCGGGCCGGGCCCCGCGGCACCUGGGCGAGGCGCUGCUGGCCAGGGCCGAGCUGUCCGGCGAGGAGGCCGAGGGCGCGCUGACGGACCUCUUCGGCGCCGGGCAAGAUACCACCUCGGCGGGCCUGGCCUGGGUGCUGCUCCUGUUGCUCCGCCACCCGGCACUCCUCCGCCAGCUCCAGCGCGACCUGGACCGCGUGGUGGGGCCCGGGCGCCUCCCCGCCGCCGCCGACCGGCCCGCCCUGCCCCGCCUCGAGGCCUUCCUCCUCGAGACGCUCCGCUUCACCAGCUUCGUCCCGCUCACCAUCCCGCACGCCGUCACCGCCGAGGCCGCGCUGGGCGGCUGCCCGGUCCCCGCCGGCACGGUCGUCUUCGUCAACCAGUGGUCGGCCAACCACGACCCGAGCCGCUGGGAGGAGCCGCACCGCUUCGACCCGGCCCGCUUCCUGGACGCCCAGCAGCAGCGCCUCGACCGCGACCGCGCCGCCCGCGUCCUCCUCUUCUCGCUCGGCAAGCGGCGCUGCGUCGGGGAGCGAGUGGCCAAGCUACAGCUCUUCCUCUUCGCCGCCACCCUCCUCCACCAGGCACGCCUCCAGCCCAAGCCCGGCCAGGCCCUCAGCCUCCAGGCCCAGCACGGCCUCGUCCUCCGCCCACGGCCCUUCCUCCUCGCCUUCUCCCGAAGGAACACGGCCUCUCACCACAGGCAAGAGGAGCAGGAGCAGGAGGAGGAGGGCGCCUAGGCACCCCCAAGGCCAGCCCCACACACACCCCUCCGCCAGGAGGACUGCUUUGGAUCCUCCACAGGACUUCCCCUGUCAUGGAAGGGAGCCCC